GCCUUCUCUCCACUGCUCCAUUGAUAUUUUUCUCACUUGCACCAACCCUUGCUAUAUCCAUCAUGGUUAAAGUCGCUAUCGCUGGUGGAGCGGGAAAUCUUGGCACGUAUAUCGUCAAAGCCAUCCUUGAAGCGGGGCGUCACACUCCAAUCAUCUUGUCUCGAUCUUCCAAACCAAGCUCUUUGGAGGCAGAGGUCCGCGUCGUCGACUACUCCGACCACUCUAGCCUCGUCUCCGCGCUCGACGGCGUCCACACCGUCAUCGUCACACUGUUCUCUACGGACGUCAAGGAGAGUGUCGACAAUCAGCUUGCACUCCUGAAGGCUGCGCAGGAGGUGGGCGUGAAGAGAUUCGCGCCUUCGGAAUGGGGCUCCAGGGACCAUUCCGAGUUCUACAUGUAUCACCCGAAGAUGGAAGUCUGGGACGUUGUAAAAACGUCCGGGCUUGAGGUGACGCGGUUCGUCACUGGCCUCUACAUAGAUAUGUUUGUCGGGCCCGGAAAGUUGUUCAUCGACACGCUCGCUGGUACAGCGAAAAUCCCUGGAGACGGGACGGCCAAGACCACGUUCACCUACACUCCGGACAUUGGCCAGUUCGUCGCUGCGAGUCUAGACCUGGAGCGCUGGGACGAGGUGAGCGGUAUUGUCGGAGAGACGAAGACUUGGGAUGAGGCCGUGGAUAUUGCGGAGGUGGUCACGGGAAAGAAGUUCGAGAGGACGUACAUGAAAGAAGGAGGUGGUGAGGCGGCGAAGCAGCUUUUGGAGAGGAAAUUCUUGGCUGGGCUCACCAAGUCGGUGGUCGCUGGCCACUGGGAAGUGGAGCCUACGUUGAAUCGGAAGUUCCCUCAGCUUCGUGCCUUCACCGUGGAGGAGUAUCUCCGUCAGUCUUGGAAGGGUACCAAUUAGUCUACUCUAAUUGGUUCUCGUACGAAACGUGAUACUUGUCGAUGAUGAUCAAAUGUAAAUUUACCGUUUGCCGUGUCAAGGGAGGCUCAGAACCAGUAUUCUCAAAUAUAACUUCACCUUCUCUGUAUUAUGAUCUCCCCUCGCAAGUCUUUCACCCUUUUCCGAUCCUUAUUUUUCAGGACGGUCUUCGACUGCGAUACAGCACAUCAGGGAGGGUGGAAAGUUCGACGAUGUCAUGCAGAAAUCAGCAAUACACGC